CUUGAGUGUUGCUCCUGCUGCUGUUUGAAACAUAUGUUGUUUAUGCGCGCGCGUUAGCGGAGGGUGUAGAGCAGAAGCACUGCGGCAAUAAAAUCCAUAACAAAACAAACAAGCGAUUCACAAGUUGUUAGUUAAAUGGGGUUUAAUAAUUUUGUUGUAUGUUAAACUCAUUUUGUAAUUUGAACGCUGCUGACGAGUAAACAACGUGUGUCGUACCAGUAGUUGCAUUUCAUCUGGCAGAAAAUGCUAGUAGCAGGUGGAUUGCGUCAUGUAGAGGUGUUAACGGAAAAGGUUUCAUUAAUUAAAGGAUUUUCACUGGGAUUUAGUUAAUCAGAUGCAUUUAAAUCCAAGUGUUGUGACUUAAAAAAUACCGAAUAUUCAUAUACGUUUUUAAACGAUUGUUCCUGUAUUAAUCGUGAUUGUACAUAUUGUGAUAGAAAAAAUAUGAAAGUGGUGUGAACGUAAAUGGCUACUGUGUAGUAACCAAUUAACACAUGUUUUCGGAAAGGAUUUUAACUCUGAAACUGGUGUAGAUUCUGCAAAGUUAAGUAUUUUGAAACAGUGAUGUCUUCUUCAGAACUGGAUAUUGAUGUCAGCGUGGUAUCCAGCCCAGAACCAAGUCCUCACGGAAUAACAGGUUCAGAAAGUCCUCAUGGGCUGCACAGUGAUGACGAGCAUAUAGCAUCCCCGGAUAACAAUCAUCUUCAUCACAGUCAUCUGCACCACUCUGCACUUGUUAGUCAUCUGCAACAGAACACAUCCAAUCAACAUAGUUAUCACAGUGUAGCUAGCGGCCUAAAUAAUAACAAUACUAGUUUUUCACAUAGUCCGGAAUCACAGCUUAGUCCUCCAAAAACUCCUCCGCCAAUGAAUCAUCACACGGAAACGAUUGAAGAAUCUCCUUCGGUGGGGAAAACCUCAGCUACAUCUGGAUACACUAGCUUCUCAAUCUCUAGUAUUCUUAGUCGACAUGAGCCAAAUUCCAAGAAAGGCGUCGGAGUAAUAACUCCAAUCCCGUCGUUGCCACUGUCGGCAGCGGCGGCAGCAGCAGCAGCUGUAGUCGUGUCUUCGAAUGGUAAUAGUGGAACCGCAAGCCCACAAGAUGCAGCAAUGCUUUCUAGAUUAGGAUUCAUGUCACAAUGGAGUGCGAUAGCGAAUCGGUACGCAGCGCUUUGUCCUCCAGGCUGGCCUUGGCCUCCAGCAGCCCAUCGAAUGCCAUUCCAUAGCCCUACCAAUGAUAACACGGGGAAUAUGAUGGAGAAUCAGUCUUCCUCGCUAACACCUCCGCCUUCGCAGCAAUCCAAAACACCACCGCCACAUCCGGCGUUCAUGGCAAACGCGGCUAGCGGCGGUCGUUCGAAUGGUGGCAACACCGUCGGUACACUUAACAGCGCUCACAACGGACUUGGAUCCGGAGGAAGCAGCUUAGGUGGUUGCAGUGGCAGCACCGGAGGCGAUGACUGCGAAUCCGAUGACGACGGUCAGGAGAUCAUCGAGGAAGAUGAUGACGGGAGUGAUAGACCGUCGGACUCAGCAUCGCCCAACUCGAAUGGAGCAAUGCAAGCCAAGCGGAAAAAGAAAACCCGGACAGUGUUUUCCAGAGCACAAGUAUUUCAGCUAGAAUCAACGUUUGACUUGAAAAGGUACCUAAGCUCGUCAGAGCGUGCUGGUCUGGCAGCAUCCCUUCGUCUGACGGAGACGCAGGUGAAAAUUUGGUUUCAGAAUCGUCGUAACAAGUGGAAACGGCAGCUGGCAGCCGAGCUGGAAGCUGCCAAUAUGGCGAAUAUGGCGCAUGCGGCCCAACGGCUCGUACGCGUGCCUGUACUGUAUCACGAUGGCUCUGGUGGUGGGUUUGUCCCUCCUCCGCCUCAUCCCCACUCACAACAGUUGUACUACACAGCGUCAGCGGCACGUGGGGGUAGUCCACCAAGACCACCGCUUUCUUCUCUAGUGUAAUAUUAUGUUUCGAACAUCGGUACCACCUGCAACAGCUCUCUCGGCAUAUUUGGCAGAGACGGUUGUAGUAGUGAUAAUUGGAAUUAAGGAGAGUAGUGGUACCGAGAUUCGUUUUGUGAGGAAAUUUCUACAUUUUAGUGAAUACCAAACCUAACGUUGGUAUGAUAAUAGGCUAUGGUAAACGAAAGAAAAAUUAUUUUAUUGAUUAAAAUGUAAAUAAUGUUGAAGUAUGUGCACCAAAAUACGAAAUUCCGAAUUGUAAAAUUUAUAUUCCAUAGAAAUCUCUAACCUACAGGAUAAUCUGAACGUCUUUUUGUAGAAGAUGAAACUAUCGUUAUCCAUACAAACUAUAUAGAAAAAUUGUCAACUCUGGUUGAUGACGUGCUAAAUACACGAAUGUCAGGUGUCGCCAUUUAAACACAGGCGAAAUUCAAGUAACUCAAAAUAUAUUAUUAUUUAGAAAUUUAUAUUAGAAGUCUUCUAUUGCGCCAAAAAAAUGAAAGUAAAAGAAAAUACAAACCAAACAAUUUUAUGUCACAUCUGAUCAUUAAAAGCUUAUGAUAGUAAUGUAUAUAUUCAAAACGCUUUUUGCGGUUCCUAUUUAGUAAAACUAUAUUCGAUAACUGAAAAAAUGUCUCUACUAUUAACAAAAUCGAAAUCUUUUCACUUCAUUAUUGGCAUAGGUUAUUCAUUACUGUAAAACUUAUGUUUUAUUGUUCACAUCGUCUAAUUUUCAAACAGUGUACAGUGUAAAUAGAUUGUUUCAAAAUUUAGUUUAUUUUAAUAUAGUUUUUAAAACACAAUAUGUAUAAAUAUUAAGUAGUCCAAACACUGAUAGAAUCUAACGGUAAAAUGACAAAGAAAAAAACAAAUGGAACGUGUAGCUAACGUCUUAUGAUGUACGGCUAAUAAUAAAUGAUAAAUAAAAUAUUCAAACAAAUUGUUAUAUAA